AACCACGACAACGUCCAAUUUCCCCCCGACGACAACUAACCACACAGCAGUCAAAAUGGUCGCCGCUAAGAAGCAUGUCCCGAUCGUCAAGAAGCACCGCAAGCGCUUCAACCGCCACCAGUCGGACCGCUUUAUGUGCGUCGACCCCUCAUGGCGCAAGCCCAAGGGUAUCGACAACCGCGUCCGCAGGCGGUUCAAGGGUCAGGCUGCUAUGCCCAAGAUCGGAUACGGCUCAAACAGGAAGACCCGCCACAUGAUGCCCAGCGGCCACAAGGCCUUUGUCGUCAACAACGUCGCCGAUGUUGACCUUCUCCUCAUGCACAACAGCACCUUCGCCGCAGAGAUCGCACACGCCGUCUCAGCACGAAAGCGCAUCGACAUCAUCGCCCGGGCCAAGCAGAUCGGUGUCAAGGUGACCAACGGCAAGGCCCGUGUCAAGACCGAGUCGUAGAUGUGUGUGGAUUUUCACUUUUGGGGCGGGGCAUACAAGGCGUCUCUCUGAUUAGUUACGAUCUCAAUGGGAAGGCUUUUCAUCCUCUUCGGCUCACAUUACCCUUCGAUAUGGUAUGAGGAGAGGCAUGCACUUCAAAAAAAACAUUGCGACAUGUUACUGCGGGACGACCACGGAUAUCAAAGGACAGAAGCCGUAGGAAUGCAAUGAAAACGAGCCAAAAUCUAGGACUUGUACUCUGC